GAGAGGUCAGUGCCAUCUAAUCGGAUUAAGCGACUAUAGGUAACAGGCUGCUGUCCCUCUCCGCCCUACAUGGGACGGUCGUGUGUGCCGCAAAGUUAGGCUCCGCUGUAGCUCCACUUUUUUUUUUUUUUUGCAAAAGGAUUGUAAACUCAACGUGGUUUCGUUUUGGCGGCGCGAGAAAGUAGGCUAUUUCACUUCAUGAGACGUGUAGGGCUCGAACGGGCAUAAUGUCAGCUCUCCGAAAAUGACUGAUGGAUAAACGCUCGCGCAAUAUGCUUAACUAUAAUAUCGUACCAGAGUUUUUAUAAUUUAGACUCCCGUAUAGGUGAUGUAAGUGACUUUUUAAGGUGAGUCAGUUUGAUUCCGCUUUUCUGGAGAGACGGACAGUCCCAUGCAAGCGACCCGCGUGCCAGGCUGCACUCUAGCCCGAGGACAGUGCCCUAGGCUGGGGGGUUAGAUGGUGCUGAUCACGGACGACAGGGAUGGAGGAGGCGCUUCGUCGGUCCGGGUCAAGCAGCUCCAGCAGCAGCAGAAAGUCGGGGGGAACAUCACCCAAGUUCACCCGACCAUAGUCGAGGAGUCCAACGAUGACGACUACCUAGGCUCGUGCGAGGAGGACGAUGAAGAGGACGAUGGAGGGGAGGCAGACGAUGAUGAAUUCGAAGAAGUUGACUUUGAGGACUUGGAGGAAUGUCGGAGCAUCGUGUCGGACGACUCCUUCUACCCGCCGGAUGAUGUGUUCGCAGACUCGGAGCGCACCCCGUCACCGGAAAGCCCCAAACCGCUGUCUUUUUUCCAGGCGUGCUGCACCAACAACUCUACUAUCGUCCGGCUAAUGAUGCGGCAUGGAGUGAAGAAGGAGGAGGUCAAUGAGAAGGACAGGAAUAACAGGACCGGGCUGUUGGUUGCAUGUUACCAAGGUUUCGUGGACGUCGUCAUAGCGCUGUCUCAGUGUCCGUAUUUGGAUGUCAACUGGCAGGACAGCGAGGGAAACACAGCUCUCAUCACUGCUGCUCAAGCAGGCCACAUAACUAUCACCAACCAUCUGCUGAACUAUUACUCUGGGUUGGACAUCGAGAGGAGAAACUGCCACGGCUUCACCGCUCUGAUGAAAGCUGCCAUGCAGGGCAGAGUGGAAUGUGUGCGCUCGCUCAUGAUGGCAGGAGCUGCCCUGAAUUCCAAGGACUUUGGGCGCCACUUUACUGCCAUGGAAUGGGCCUUCUUUACGGGCCGUUAUGAAACUGCCUGGGUGAUGACGUGCCUGAUAGAACAGCCCUGCCCGCGCCAGUACUGUGAUACAUACAGUCUAGAGUGGCCUCCACUGGCAUCACUGGUGGCCAAAGCCCAGGAGCCCCGUGGCUGUCUGAAGCGCCUGUCGGACACUGUGCGGAACGCCUUCAACAUAGCGAAUGUCACCAACCCUGAGCCUGAAGGUGUUAUCGAUCACAUGGUUUCUAUAACAACUGCCUUGAGGAGCCCUUUCAUUGCCGUGGCAUGCCAUACAGUGUGUCCUGACAGUCCCCCAUGUGUGGGCAAACGGCGCUAUGCAGUUCCUGAGGUAAUCCGCCAGCAGCGCGCCAAGGAGCUCCGCUCUAUUAACCCUGGCAGGGUGGAGACCCACCUCAAACUCUUCCAGAACUCCCGGGUCACACUAGUGGCCAAGAACUCAGCAGACCGCCGGGCCAGCCUUCAGGUCCAGGGCCUGAGCACGGUGGCUCAUGCCGAAGCCCUGGAGCUGCGGAGAACCAGCCUGCUGCCCAUGCACAUGGUGAUGAGGAGGAGCAGCGUCAGGCCUGGGUUCAGCAUCCCCAAAGUGAGGGUGUCCAAGGCCCCUAUGCCCACUUAUGAACCAGAAAAGAUCCGGAGGAAGAGCAGUGCCAAGGAUGGAAGCGGACACCUGCUGCAAAUACCAAAGUGGCGGUACAAGGAGCUAAAAGAAGAAAGGAGGAAAGCCGAGGAGGCAGAGAGGAGGAGGCUGGAGGCUGUAACCAAGAGACACCUUGCUGCCGGGAAAAGGAAAUAAUAUCAUUGCCUCAGAAGAUGCCAUGCACACUACCCUAAAAAGAGACUAAAUCUGGACUAGGGGUAUCAUUGACUAAGAUUUUACAGAAUCGUCUAGUCUUGCCUAUCGUCAACUGGGGAGGGGGUUAAUACAUGGGGGGUUGACUACAGUGUUGAAAUAUUCAGCGAGUGAUAAGGUUGUGUGUAAAGUUCCUUUUGUAUGAAAACAUGCAACAGAUUAGGACACAGUCACAAAAAGAGUAGCUUCUUAUUGCAUAAGUGGUGCAGGGGUGGAGAAGAUUAAUUGAAAGUUGUUUACAGCGCGCGCUCAGAUGUCACUCAAGCAGUCAGCUGGCCCCCGGUAACGAGAAGCGGAGCACACAGAGCUAAAGUCUGCUGUCAUGCAGCGUGCACUCGAUACUUCUUUUACUGUCCUCUUGUGAUAAUGUUUUUCUGCCACAAACGCAACCGUUUGCCUCGUCUCCAUCAGGCAUAUAACGCAGCGGCUUGCUGGCCUGGUGCGCAGGAUUUGGUGAUCAUUGGGGCGGACGGAUCAUGCCGUGGGCUGCGCACUGGACCACGGCUGUGCUCUGUAUCAGGCGGUGGCGCCCAAAUUACAUGUUACUUUGGAUCAUCUUUUACUAUCUCAAAGUGAGUAGACUUUCUUUUCCCAGACAUUUUCGGUUAAAGGUUUAAAUCCCUGCCGCCAAGAUGCUCCUCCAUCGGUCAUGGGUCAUGGAAAGUGAAACUUAAAUCUGUUAUGGGGCGGUUGGAUUUAUUCACGCACUUUAAAAAGAUUUAUUAAAAAAACUUUAUUUACAGCAUUGUAUGUUGAUAAUUAUAUCAUAAUAAUUAACUCAUUGGGAGAAAAAAGGUAGUUCUAUGUAAAAUCUGACUGAAUGAGCACCCCUAUAUAGCCAAAAUGGCAUGAUCCUCAUUUCAUAACGCCUUUGCAAAGAUUCGACUGUGAGAUUGGCAGUUGAAUCAGGCUUCUUUGAAGCAUCGAAUAUUUGACUAUUUGGGGUCGCCACUAAUCUAGACAGACUAUUAAAUUGGACAGAUUUGGUUUGAACGUUUUCUACAAUAUAUACAUUAAUGUAAAAGCAGUGUUCCUAAAAGAGGACAGAAGAAAAUGGCUGCCGGAGCUUGGACAGCAUUAUUGCGCAAUGCUCAGUGUCCUUUAUGAUGUCAAACAGUGAAUACCCAGGGGAUUUGAUACUUGAAAUGUUUUUAGAUAACUUAUUUUUCAUAUUUAUUGCUUUUUGAUGGAUGGCCUAGUCUAUAUUUUGUUACGUUUUGGGUGCUCAAUACUGCAGUGUUUUGUAGUGUGUUGCACUGUAUUGGAGCAGAAGACAAUUAUCAUUACUAACACAUAUUCCCUCAGACUGUAACCGCAUAAGACAUUUGUUCAUCUUUCUUCCUAUAAAACGGUAAGCAGCUUCUUAAAGAUGUUGUUGAAUAAUUUCUUUCAAAUAUUCAGUGGAGAAUACUAAUGGGUGUGUCAUAUUGACUCAGAAAGCUAAACCUAAGCUCAUAUGAAAACUAAUGGCAUUUGACAGCAAUAUUUUAGAUGCUUUUUGUUACGCUUUAUAAUGACAAACCCAUGAAUGAGUUUUGCAUAUAUAUUUUAUAUUAGAGAUUAGAGAAGAAUGCUU